GGCCAAUCAGCUGUUCUGUUAAUGAAGCAGAUUCGAUACAAAACAAGUUUUGUUUUAAUAAUUGUAGUGUUGUUCAAUAAUUAUUAGUUAAUAAAACUUGAAUUAAUUUCAUAAUGUCGGCAAAUAAAAAGAAGAAUUUGAAUUCUAUGGAGGAAGACCCCACAGCUGACGAUUCGGAUAGCUCGAUUGAGGAUGAUGAUGAUGAUGAACCUCAUCCCGAUGCAUAUACCGGCAAUGAGGAAGUGGAAAUUGAUUUCGAAGGUCGUGCCCCCACUGAUCCAGAUUGUCAUGGAAUUUCACAACUCUUACAGCGCGUGUUUCUGCGUGCGGCAGUAAACACCAUGCAAAUGGCAGAUAUGAUAAUUGCUCAAAAUUAUGUGGGCAGUGUUAUUUGCCAAUGCGAGCCAGAUGGUGCUGAGAGUGACAUGGACGAUGAUAUGGUUGAAGAAGGCACAAUAUUUGGUAUUACAACAGUCAUCAACUUGACUGCAAAAAAGGACAUUGCUUGCAUAGAGCAAUUGCGUGGAUAUAUAAUACAGCGAGCUGAAAAAAAUGCGCCAGAUUCAGUAUUGACACACCUACGAGAUGUGCUCGGAAAUGAGGGGCGACCAGUGGGAUUUCUUAUCAAUGAACGUUUCAUAAAUAUACCAGCACAAAUCUCAGUGCCGUUACUAGAGAAUUUACAUAAAGAAGUGCUAACAGCUAAACAGAAGGGCAUGCAAUUUAACUUCAGUUAUUUUAUAAUGAUAGUUAAAUUCUACCGAAAAGAGGCACGCAAGGGAAAACCUGCUGAAGAUACAUAUACGAAUGCCGAAGAGGAAGUAAUUUGUUCCAAAGCAGUAAAUUCAUUCGAGUAUUCUGUUGCAGACGAGUGUGAUGUUGGUAUGAGUGGAGAUUGGCUAGAAGGCGACGCGACAUUAACACCUUAUCGCAAAAUUAUCUUACUUGACGCUAAGGAGCUACCACAUUUAAUUGACGAUAUUAGAAAUUACAUCAAUGGAGUGUAAAAAUUAUAUAAAAA